AAUAAAGAACUACAUUCAUGUCAGAGCGUCAGUAAUGUUACCGUAAAAUGACGCCCACCUGCGCAUGCGCUUCAGUGAUGGGCGGAGUUAAAUCGGUUGGUAAGGAAUAGCAGAAAGGCGGACACGGGAGCAUAAAGCGAUGGCUGCGAUUAGGAAAAAGUUGGUCAUUGUUGGAGAUGGUGCAUGUGGGAAGACUUGUCUGCUCAUCGUCUUCAGUAAAGACCAGUUUCCAGAGGUCUACGUCCCCACUGUGUUUGAAAACUACGUGGCAGACAUUGAAGUGGACAGCAAACAGGUAGAACUCGCACUCUGGGAUACAGCAGGUCAGGAAGACUACGACAGACUAAGGCCUCUCUCCUACCCUGACACAGAUGUUAUUCUCAUGUGUUUCUCAGUUGACAGCCCCGACAGUUUAGAGAACAUUCCAGAAAAGUGGACGCCUGAAGUGAAACACUUCUGUCCAAAUGUUCCCAUCAUCCUGGUGGGUAAUAAAAAAGAUCUGCGUAAUGAUGAGCACACCAGACGGGAGCUUGCCAAAAUGAAACAGGAGCCAGUUAGAUAUGAAGAUGGCAAAGAGAUGUCAAGCCGCAUCAAUGCCUAUGGCUACCAGGAGUGCUCUGCCAAAACCAAAGAUGGUGUGCGGGAAGUUUUUGAGAUGGCAACUCGAGCAGCGUUGCAAGCCAAAAAACGUGGCAAGAAGUCUACCUGCCUUCUGCUAUAGGUUGUGGCAUAAUGGGAAGCUGCCCUCAAGUGCAUACGGAAAGCUUGCAUUGAGAAUUUGAUCUAAGGGAGGAGAGCUGGGGAGGGCCUAACAAACAUAUGGACACUCAAUUUGUGAUCGCCCAUUGCACAACAGCAAACUCAAACAGAUCUGAAACAAUUUAAAAGGCAUUGAAACUCUGAUCACUGGUCUGUAUAUACCAUUUAACUUAACAUUUAACUUAGGUCCAUUAAGAAUGUGUAAAGGUCAGACGGGGGUGGAUUUAAAGUUAAAUACAUUAAUUGGGGGUUCACAUGUGCCAAGAUAGUAAUGGGGACAAAGGUAUAGACAAUGGACACAUCUCACCGGUAAAUAAGUGAUAAAUAUAAGAUUAUAAUGUUAUUAACUGAGAUGAUGUCUAAGUGUUUUUCUUAUUACACAGUAUCGCCGACAUGUAGUGCCUUGAGAGCAGUAAUCGGACUGAGUAAGAUGGGAGGAAUGAGUACAUAACUUCAAUGAGACGUUGUUUGUCAUUUGUAGUUACAAACUUUUCAACACUUUGCCUCUGUUUGUGGCUUGCCUUCAUCAGGGCUAUGUUCUGACUCGGGCGCUAUGCAGGGGGAUGCCCAAAUCAGAUUUUAUGAGAUAUUUUUCCCAUACUGAUAACUAUAGAGAAGUGUAUGAGUGCAGCCAUAUGGUGCUUUGUUUUCUCCAGUGCAGGCCUGCAUGCAGUGAAUGUGUGUACAUUUUAUGGCUGUGUAUUAACAUUUGUGUCUAUGUACUGUGUUCAUGGAAAGGUGUUCUGUGACACCUAUCUAAACCACUUGUGUCCAUGCCAAAGUUACCCCAAUAGCCAUGUCGUUUGGCACAGGCUGGUAAUAAAAUUAACAGCUUCUCAGAGUGACAUAGAAACCUCCACUUUAUGGAAGACCGUAUAGGUAGAGGCACAAUCAGGUUAAUUAACUUGUGACUUUUAGGACCUUUGUAUGUGUGCAAGAGAUUUGAUUUUUUUUUAAUCAGUGGUUCAAAUAUUCGGUAGUGUAGUUGAAAAUUUUGAAUAUUAUUUCUAGUAGAUGAGUUUAUUACUAUAAUGUUCAUGAUGUACUGUUUGUCUCACAUGGCCUUGUAAGGACAUUUUAAUGUGUAUUUUGUUUGCCUUUGACUCAAAUCUCUUCAGCAUUCUUAAUGAUUGUUACUAUUGUAAUAUCAUUUUCUUUGUUUUAACAAUUUAAUCCUGAUAUUUCACGAUUAGCUGAUUUUGUAACCAUAGUGUCAUUUAAUUCAUUGGAGGCUGGGAAGCCAGGUGUUUUGUUUGAUUUUUUUGUCCUGUGACUUUGGGAUUUCUGGAUUUAUUUUGUUUCCCCAAAUAAAGCUGGUAUUAGG